AGAUCCAGCGAUCUACCGCUCCAGCGAUCUAUAGAUUCAUCAAUCUACCGAUCCAGCGAUCUACAGGUCCAGAGAUCUACCGAUCCAGCGAUCUAUAGAUCCAUCGAAAUACCGAUCCAGCGAUCUACAGAUCCAGCGAUCUAUAGAUUCAUCAAUCUACCGAUCCAGCGAUCAACAGAUCCGGCAAUGUACAGAUUCAGAGAUCUACCGAUAAAGCGAUCUACCGAUCCAGCGAUCUACAGAUCCAUUGAUCAAGCUCUCCAGCGAUCUACAGAUCCAGCGAUCUACAGAUCCAGCAAUCUACACAUCCAGCGAUUUACCGAUCCAGCUAUCUAUACAUCCAGCGAUCUACCGAUCCAGCAAUCUAUAGAUCCAUCGUUCUACAGACCCAGCGAUCUAUCGAUCCAGCGAUCUACAGGUGCAGUGAUCUACAGAUCCAGCGAUCUACCCAUCCAGCGAUCUAUAGAUCCAUCGAUUUACCGAUCCACCGAUUUACCGAUCCAGCGACCUAUAGAUCCAUCGAUCUACAGAUCCAGCGAUCUACCGAUCCAGCGAUCUAUAGAUCCAUCGAUCUACCGAUCCAGCGACCUACAAAUCCAGCGAUUUACAGAUCCAGCGGUCUACAGAUCAAGCGAUCUACCGAUCCAGCGAUCUACACGUCCAGAGAUCUACCGAUCCAGCGAUCUACAGAUCCAGCGAUCUACCGAUCCAGCGAUCUAUAGAUCCAUCGAUCUACCGAUCCAGCGAUCUAGAAAUCCAGCGAUUUACAGAUCCAGCGAUCUACAGAUCCAGCGAUCUACCGAUAAAGCGAUCUAUAGAUCCAUCGAUCUACCGAUCCAGCGAUCUACGGGUCCAGAGAUCUACCGAUCCAGCGAUCUAUAGAUCCAUGGAACUACCGAUCCAGCGGUCUACAGAUCCAGCGAUCUACCGAUCCAGGAAUCUACCGAUCUAGCGAUCUACAGAUCUAGGGAUCUACCGAUAAAGCGAUCUACCGAUCCAGCGAUCUACAGAUCCAGCGAUCUACCGAUCCAGCGAUCUAUAGAUCCAUCGAUCUACCGAUCCAGCGAUCUAGAGAUCCAGCGAUUUACAGAUCGAGCGAUCUACAGAUCCAGCGAUCUACCGAUAAAGCGAUCUAUAGAUCCAUCGAUCUACCGAUCCAGCGAUCUACAGGUCCAGAGAUCUACCGAUCCAGCGAUCUAUAGAUCCAUCGAACCACCGAUAUAGCUAUCUACAGAUCCAGCGAUCUACCGAUCCAGCGAUCUACCGAUCCAGGAAUCUACCGAUCUAGCGAUCUACAGAUCUAGGGAUCUACCGAUAAAGCGAUCUACCGAUCCAGCGAUCUACAGAUCCAGCGAUCUCCCGAUCCAGCGAUCUACAGAUCCAGCGAUCUACCGAUCCAGCUAUCUAUACAUCCAGCGAUCUACCGAUCCAGCAAUCUAUAGAUCCAUCGUUCUACAGAUCCAGCGAUCUACCGAUCCAGCGAUCUAAAGGUGCAGCAAUCUACAGAUCCAGCGAUCUACCGAUCCAGCGAUCUACAGAUCCAGCGAUCUACCGAUCCAGCGAUCUAUAGAUCCAUCGAUCUACCGAUCCAGCGAUCUACAGGUCCAGAGAUCUACCGAUCCAGCGAUCUACAAAUCGACCGAUUUACAGAUCCAGCGAUCUACAGAUCCAGCGAUCUACCGAUCCAGCGAUCUAUAGAUCCAUCGAUCUACCGAUCCAGCGAUCUA